AUGUCAUUUUUACUGGACGAUUCCAAAACGAAACGAUUCUGUCUCCAGGCUAUGCUCUGGAGUGGACUACUCUUCACGACACAUGCUCGACACACCACAUCGAUUCUUGGACCACCUGUCAAGAGGGAUGGUUCUGUCAAAGGGGACGAUCUUUCUACCCGAACCAUGACGGUAUCGAUCGCCUUCAAGCCGACGUUGGCGGCCGGUAAUGCGAACUAUGAGUUGAUGGGAUGCUACGGUCAGGCAGGCUUGGACCGGUCAGGACAUCCUUUCGGGAAAGAAGCAGAUUUCGCGUCACCGUCCUCUGUCAACAAGACAGAGCUCACGCCAUACUCCUGUCUUGAUGGAUGUAUGGAACUUAGCCCACCGAAAGGGAAACCGGAGCACUUCAAGUAUGCAGGGCUGAAGAACGCCAGUGAAUGUUACUGUGGCAUGGAAAUUGCCUCUGGCGCAACAAAGCUGGAAGCCGACAAUUGUACGACCCCGUGUUCAGGCGAAAACAAGCUUUCCUGUGGAGGAAGCGACAACCUUGCAGUGUACAGCUACGCUCCCGACUCAAAGAAGGCCGUGGCAUCAGAACCGUCCACGUCUGCGACGACCGACCACGUUGAUGAAGCCAUCGCCGUCGCCAGCACAGUUCCGCCCGCUGCAAUCACGACCACACCGCCCGUGGACCAUGCGCCGGCUUCUGCGGCCGCGGUAGCCGCAGUAACCGGCUCGAUAUCUGGCGCCGUCCUCAUGGCCGCGCUCUUCUUCUUCUGCCGGGCUCAGCGAAAGAAACGGAACAUGCAAGACGAGCACGUGGCGACCAUAUUAUCCAAACACCAAGACGACGCAAAGCACAACGACAAGCAGCCACUAGGUUUUCUGGCUACCAACGCAAAUGUCCACGACGACAUCCACCUCACGAUCAAGGGCGACAUGGUACCCACGACGCCUGCACUUGAAAGGGGCGCAAAGCGCGCGACGAUUCUCCCCAGCGCGCUGAUGAUCUCGGGAGCCAGGCAGAAGCAGACUGAAGACAGGGACAGCUUGUACAGCAACCUGAUGCAUGAGGUGUGUAGCCCGCCCAAGGCCCCUUCUUCUUCUUCUUCCGAAGGCAACAGCUCGGCCGUGCAGUGGCGCACCGUGGACCAUGGCGGCGACGGCGGCGCAGCUCCCCUAUCGCCGCGCGUUACGAGCCCGCCGCCCUCGGCGGGGAUCCACGGCCUCGGAGACCGGGCCUGGCACCGAAGACGACUGUCGACCACCUUUGCUCCACCCAGCUUUCCCCUACCGCCCAAUCCCCCGAGAGGACGGGCGGGGCGAGGAGCGCCACCGCCGAGGCCGCCGCGUCGUGGCAGCGUAGCCACGUUCGAGGUUGGCAGGGACACGCCCGUGCAUAGCCCUUUGGCCGCCGGCUUCGCGAGCACGCGUACAGAGGGCGUGGAGCCCGUGGCGCCGCUGAAGCUACGGAGGCCCGGCGGGGGUGCUGCCCUGAACAUACAGACUGCCCCGUCGCCGAGCCCAAGCGCAAGAGGUCGGAACCUAACACGGAACCAGAGCCAGGUCAGCGCGGUAGAGGACAGACGACGGACGGUCCCGGCGCUGCCACCGGUGAGAAGAGCAGAUACGAUGAAUUUCGACAGUCCUGUCUUGCCGCCGCUGGAAGCGGGCGAGAGGUUCAAUUUCGACUCGAGGGCGUGGAAGGAUUUGCCGAACCCGCCGAUGGAGGCGAGAGCAGGGCCCAGGAUUCCAGUCGUGUCCGAGCAGAGGACGGCUGCAAAGAGAGAGGCGAACGAGGAUGGAGUCAGUCCGGCUUCGGCGACGACCGUUGGUUCGAGUAUCUUGGACAGUCCCACGAUUAUGGACUGGGCGGCGAGGUGA